AUGUACCGCGACUCAAGCUCACCACCAGACCCCCUGGCACGGGCCAAGGCGGUCUACAAUCGAGUCAUCUCAAAGACGCUCUCCCACGGCACCACAACCGCAUCAUACUACGCGACCAUCCACGUCGAGGCGACUAAUCUCCUUGCCGAGAUCGCGUUCAAGAAGGGCCAGCGAGCAUAUAUCGGACGGGUAUGCAUGGACCGUCCCGAGACUUGCCCCGAUUACUAUCGAGACGAAAGCACCGAGCAGACGAUUGUAAACACGAAAGCGAGCAUUGAAUUCUGCAAGGAACUUGAUCCCACCGGCGAGAGAUUGGCGCAUAUCAUCACGCCGAGGUUCGCGCCCAGUUGCUUAGCGGAGACAUUAUCGCAACUUGGCGCAUUAGCCAAGGAAGAGGAUCUCCGGAUCCAGACACACAUAUCGGAGAAUUUGAACGAAGUCAGAUUGGUCAAGGAGAUGUAUCCGGCGCACGAGAGUUAUGCCGGUGUCUACGAUCACCAUGGCUUGUUAACCUCACGGACGAUAUUGGCCCAUGCGGUUCACUUGAGUAAAGAAGAGAUGGCGCUGGUCAAGGCGAGGAACGCGAAGAUUAGUCAUUGUCCGGCGAGCAAUAGUGCGUUGGGUAGUGGACUUUGUCCUGUGAGGGAAAUGCUGGACGCGGGCAUUGAUAUUGGUUUGGGCACGGACGUGAGCGGCGGCUACAGUGCUAGUAUUCUUGAUGCGGUGCGGAACGCGUGUAUUGUCAGUCGACACGUAGGGUUUCUCGCGGGAGGGAAUAGUCGAUUCAACUUGAGUGUUGCGGACGGACUGUGGCUUGCUACAAUGGGAGGUGCAAAGGUGGUGGGUAUGGAAGGUCGCUUAGGCGGGUUUGAGGAGGGCAUGCUUUGGGACGUGCAAGAGAUUGUCCUCGGGGAUGUUGACGUGUCUGGCGACGCGGGUGAGACUGGAGUUGAUAUAUUCGGCUGGGAGAUUUGGGAGAAUCGAGUUGCGAAAUGGGUAUGGAAUGGCGACGACAGGAAUGUGAGGCGGGUGUGGGUGGGAGGGAAGCUGGUGCAUGAGCGGAAGUAA